AUGGCCAUUGAUGAUGAGGUUGAGAUUGUCGUCAAUCAUGACCCUUCUUCUGGCAACAUCGUUGAUGGUAGCAAGGUCCCCCUUCCAAGAUUCAGGAAGAAGAGCAAGACCUAUGUGCGAAGCAAAGAGGUCCGUCCUGAGGUGAUAUUACUCCCAUACGCUGAAGUGCCCGGCAUGGACUUAUCAUCACGUCUCUACCAGCUUGCUGAGGCGACUGUGGCUAAAGCCAAGGCCAACGAAGCUGCCAUCCAGGCUAGGAAGCGUCCUCAUGUUGCUUCUCUGCAUGCCUUUGGGGAUUCCGCUUUCACUCUUGCAGCUGUUGACUUAGCCAUUAAUAACGAGGCUAGUGCUGACACUCUAUCGAAGGCCAGUACCUUGGUCAAGGAUGGUGACCAUCUCAACCCUUCUGAGGCAGUCUUGCGCUCUCGUGAGGGUGACCUUCGCAACGAUAUUGUUGCUACCACUCAUAAGAUCGAGUAUUUGCUCCAAUAUCGUGCAUUUGUGGUGUCUCAUCACCGAGAGGUGGUUCAGCAGCUUGAACUUCGCCUUCCUCCUCCAUCUCUUGAAGAGGAAAUACGGCCUCUUGGUUAUGUUUCUGCUUAA